AUGCCGAAGAAGAAGGGAGGGAAGAAGGGAGGAAAGAAGGGAGGGAAGGAGGGGAAGGGAGAGAAGGGAGCGGCGGAGGACGACGGGCUGGAGGGACAAAGCGUGGAGGAGCUGAAGGGUCAGAUCCAUGACAUGAAGGAUGGGCUGAGGAAGGAGAUGGAGGAGCGAAACUACUUCCAGCUGGAGCGAGACAAGAUCAACACUUUCUGGGAGAUUACCAAGAAGGAGCUGGAGGAGAAGAAAGCGGAGCUGAGGAACAAGGAUAGGGAAAUGGAGGAGAUGGAGGAGAGACAUCAGGUGGAGAUCAAAGUGUACAAGCAGAAGGUGAAGCACUUGCUGUACGAGCACCAGAACAGCAUCACUCAGCUGAAGACGGACCUGGAGAUGGCGACGAAGCUGCUGCAGGACGAGCACAGAAACAGGGAGAAGGAGCUGAAAGACGACAAGAGGAGCCUGAAGCUCGAGCUGAAGGAGCUCGAGCUUGCGCAUGAAGACUUUGUGCGGAACUUGAAGGAGUCGCACGACAAGCAGAUCACGCACCUCCGGUCAGAGUUCGAGCAGCAGGCGAAGGAGCUGCAGGGGAAGUACGAGAAGAAGAUGAAGAAUCUGCGAGAAGAGCUGGAGGGGAGGAGGAAACUAGAGAUUCAUGAGGUGGAGGAGAGGAAGAAUUUUCAUAUCAACGAGCUGAUGAAGAAGCAUGAGAAAGCAUUCGGCGAGAUCAAGAAUUAUUACAAUGACAUCACGCACAACAAUCUGGAUCUUAUCAAGUCUCUCAAGGAGGAAGUUGCAGACAUGAAGAAGAAGGAAGCCACAAACGAGAAGCUCAUGUUUGAGAUCGCACAGGAGAACAAGAGAUUGUCCGAGCCACUCACAAGAGCUCUCAAGGAGGUGAGGGAGAUGUGA